CUGUGGGGUCUGCUCGAGGCACGGAGAACCUGGAACGUAAGACUCACCUGUGCGGGGGGCCAGAGGCAGGACCAAAACUCACCUGCGCCCGCGGAAACCUGACGCAGGAGUAGCCCCCGGGAUUGCCCAGUGCAGAGGGGGAGGCGACCUGGCUGGCCCCACCUGAGUCACCCUCGGUCCAUCUGUGCCAGCGGGGCCGCCAUGACCUGGAGCGCCACGGCACGGGGCGCCCACCAGCCCGACAACACCGCGUUCACGCAGCAGCGCCUCCCCGCCUGGCAGCCGCUGCUGUCGGCCAGCAUCACCUUGCCGCUCUUCUUCUGCGCGGGCCUGGCCUUCAUCGGCCUGGGCCUGGGCCUCUACUACUCUUCCAACGCCAUCAAGGAGAUCGAGUACGACUACACGGGCAACCCCGGCACCGGGAACUGCUCGCGGUGCGGCGUGGCAGACCAGGACCGUGCGCCGCCUCCUACCUGCUUGUGCGCCUGGUACUUCUCACUGCCCGAGCUCUUUCAAGGCCCCGUGUACCUCUACUACGAGCUCACCAACUUUUAUCAGAACAACCGGCGCUACGGCGUGUCCCGCGACGACGCGCAGCUGAGCGGGCUGCCAAGCGCCCUGCGCCACCCGGUCAACGAGUGCGCCCCCUACCAGCGCAGCGCGACCGGCCUGCCCAUUGCGCCCUGCGGUGCCAUUGCCAACAGCCUCUUCAACGACUCCUUCUCGCUGUGGCACCAGCGCCAGCCCGGUGGGCCCUACGUCGAGGUGCCCCUCGAUCGCACCGGCAUCGCCUGGUGGACCGACUACCAUGUCAAGUUCCACAACCCGCCGCUGGUGAAUGGCAGCCUGGCGCUGGCCUUCCGGGGAACUGCGCGCCCGCCCAACUGGCCCCGGCCAGUCUACCAACUCAGCCCCGACCCCAACAACACUGGCUUCAUUAACCAGGACUUCGUGGUGUGGAUGCGCACUGCGGCGCUACCCACGUUCCGCAAGCUGUACGCGCGCAUCCGCCAGGGCAACUACUCCGCUGGGCUACCGCGCGGCGCCUAUCGCGUCAACAUCACCUACAACUACCCAGUGCGCGCCUUCGGCGGCCACAAACGCAUCAUCUUCAGCAGUAUCUCGUGGAUGGGCGGCAAGAACCCCUUCCUGGGCAUUGUCUACCUGGUCGUGGGAUCCCUCUGCAUCCUCACAGGCUUUGUCAUGCUGAUCGUCUACAUUCGCUACCAGGACCAGAACGACGAGGAUGAGGACCAGGAGUGAUUCCUGCUUUCAAAGCAUCCAUCCUGCGUCUUGCCAAAACUCUCUUGCAAGCUUCUAACGGCUUCUCCCCCCCGCCCCCAAGGUCCUUAUCCAGUUCCAAUCUAGCCUCACUUUUCCUGCUGUGAAUGAGGGGACUGGAGAGAGUAAUUACACCCCAUGGGACACCACCAGGCUUGCUGGGAUGCUUGGGCUGGAUAUUUGCAACAACCUUGCAAAAUCUCCCCAUCUACUUCACGAUUUACUGAGUUGACACGUUAGGUUCUUAAGGUCCGUAUCAUUUGAGAUCAAAAGGGACGGUAGAGACUUUUUUUCAUAUAUUUAAUGAAGAGUCUGAAACCUAGAGAUGUUAGGAAUUCAUUCAAGAUCAGGCAGCUUACUCAUUGGCUCCUGAUUCUGAUUCUGGAGUGUUUACCACUGAAAGACAGUGGUUUUCUUCCCUUUUUCUUUUUUCUUUCUUUCUUUUUCUUUUGGCAGGGGGUGGGGGUAGGGGGUGGGAACGUGGGGUAGAGAGUGAAGCCCACAAAUAACCUGCUGAAGCAUGGAGGGUGGGGGAGACCAUACUUUCUUAAAAUGUAGAUAGAUUAGGGAGCACCGUCCCCAGAGAUUCGGACUCAGUAAGGCUGGGGUGAGACCCUUGAAGCUGCGUUUUAACAAGCCCCUCUGGAGGUUGUUCCUGUAACCCCUCAAAUUGGGGAAAUACUGCCCUGAACAAGGUAAUAAGUAGAAUACUGGAUGUUUCCCUAUUUCUUAUGUUUGAGGUUGGUCCUGAAGCAAUCACCGGAGUCCAGUUUUUCAGGCCGUCCUUUAUUCGCAGGGACAAUGGCAAUCAAUGGUGCAGGUUUGGUCUAGCGCUCCACCUUGAACAUGGAAGGGGAUGUUUUAACCUUAGAGUCAGCUGGAAGGGAUCUCAGAGGGAAAGUGCUUUUCCUAAGUCAUAUUUAUACCUACCUUUUCCCUAAGGUCUAAGAAAUUUUUAAAUCUAUGUUCUCAAAUGAAGCUUGUUUGUUACUAGUAAUUAUGUUUAAAUGAAUGCUAGGGAAUAUAGUCUUAUAUGUAAAGUAGAAUCUUAAGAAUUAUUUGAACACUUGAGAUAAUGUUAAACCCUGAUUAUCCUCUAAAAUUAUCCUAAUAUAUAUGAAGUUAUUCUAAGAAGCAAUAGAAUUAUUUUUCUAAAAAUCUUUUUAUGGCUAUAGAACUUUAAAAAUAACUUAGUGACAUCAUCUUAACCAGUUUAUUUGCUGAAAGCAAACACUUACAUGGCAUUCCGUCAGACAGAAUGCUCUAGUACCUACUUUCUGUUAUAGCUACUUUCCAGUUACUACCAUUUUUGCUCAGGCCAGUAAGGUGGUGCAAGACCUUGAAGUAUUUUUGUUUUUAGCAGUCAAAGAAAUACAAAACUGUAUUAUUUUACAUUAAUUUUGUUUUACUGUACUCUAGUUCUUUAAACAUUAAUAAUUGAUCGGCAGCAUGCAUGUUCAUGACGUCUGAUCAGAUCUUUGGAAUGUGAUUUAGGAGAUUCUGUUCCACUAUUUCCAUAAACUAAAAAGUUUAGCAAUUUCAGCGUGUUGGUCUCCCAACUCCUGAAGGUGACAUAACUUUAUUGUCAGAUUGCACACUGUGAUUUUAAGCUAUAAAAAUAUGAUCAUUAUAUCGAAUAAUUUGUAUUUAUUAUUAAUGUUUGAUCUAGCAGUUCACUAGCCUAGCCCUUUAUGUUGGAGAAGAGAAUUUACUACAUUUUUUUACUAUGUAGUUGAGAGCAACUAUGUAUUUUGCUAUCAUCUGUACAAUAGUCAGUCUUAAAAUAAAAUUUUAAGUGAGGCUACAAAUUUUACUCAUGAUUAAAUCUAUGAGUAAAGUUCCAGGUCCUAUUCUCUCAGUUUUUGAAAGAGAAUAAAGGUUAUGUUUGUUUUAACUUUGUUAUCACAUUCGCUUAAUGCUUCUGAACUAUGAUCUUAAAGGCACAAAUGGUACCAGCCUCUUGGCUCAUUUGUUAUUAACAGAUAUACUGCAGCAAGAAAAUCACCUUUCUGAGUAAGGCUCAAAGUGAACUCAGUUUUUCGUUGCUAAUUUCCUCAAACAAUUUGAACUUACCUCAACAUCAACAUGUAGAAUGAAUCAGAUGAUCUUCAACUAUUGUUUGAAUUUGGUAAGAUGUGGUGAAUUUUAAAACAUAUAUAGUAUUAAAAGCUAUUAAUGAAUGUGAUUAUAGCAGUCUUCUUUAUUUCUGCUGCUUUCUCAAAUUCUGAAUUGCAAUUAUUUGUCAGGUAUUUUGUACUACAAAACGACAGAAACUUUAAAAGCAAAAAAAUGUGAAACAUUUUCUUGUGCUUUAGCAUUUUGUUUGCUAUCCAGGAUUCUAGCUGGGAUUGAAUUCUUUUGUUGUCAGUAAGUGUAUCCUAGUUGAAUCUGUCUUCUGGGCUGAAAA